AGUCUUUCUGACAAAGUAAACCUUAUGAUAUCCGAGCAAAAUCGAAGCUCCGAGAGCCGCAAAAAAUUUGCGAACGGCUUAAGAGCGAGGCUCGGCAGAUUCUGUGUCGAAGCCCCGGCAUGUUUUUGCUUUCGCUAGUUCAUAAGAUUGCUACGGCCUGAUGCUUUGAAGGCUGUUCUCGCUCGUCAGCCAUGCCUUUGCUCACUCUUGAUGCUUGCUGGGCUCAAGCUGGCGAUGCCUCUCCGACUCGCUUUAUUGGUGCUUCAGUCUUCAAGGGUGAGGAGUUUAUUGGCCUCAAUGAUACAGCGAACCAUUGCCAUGCCACUUGGUGCAGUGUGUGUAGAGUAAGCACAAGUCGUGCUUUAGUUCGAUGCUCUGCAAAGAGAUCAAGAAGAUAUAGAAGACCACAGAAAAUUGUUGAUCUUGAUCUGCAAGUUGACCAGAGUUCAUCCAAGACAAAUGUUGCUGAUAGAUCUUCUUCAACAGUUGAAGAUGCUCCGAGUGUUGAUGUUUCCUCCAACAAUUCUUCCGCGAAUUCUACCAUGUCCAUUUCCUCCAGGGGUACUGUCCUUCAGGCGUGUGCAGUCACUUCUGGCUUUAUGGUUGCUCUUGGUGCUAUAAUUAGAGAGGCAUCCCAUGUUGCCUUCAUGGAAGGGUUGACAGUGAUUGACUGCACGAAGGCAAUAUCAUUUAGUUUUGAGACAUGGCAUCUUGAGUUGGUUACAGGAUUGGUUAUUCUGAUAUCGUCUUGUCGGUACCUACUAUUGAGGACAUGGCCAGAGUUUGCAGAGUCUAGUGAAGCAGCCAAUCGGCAGGUUCUUACCUCACUUGAACCUGUGGAUUAUUUGGUAGUUUCAUUUCUCCCAGGAAUCGGUGAGGAACUUCUUUUCCGUGGUACGCUGCUCCCACUGUCCAGAAACAACUGGAACAGCGUCCUGCUUGUUGCUGCCUUAUUUGGGAUCCUACAUUUGGGCAGCGGUCGAAAGUAUUCCUUUGCAAUUUGGGCAAGCUUUGUCGGAUUGAUGUACGGUUCUGCAACAAUGAUCUCUUCGAGCAUUGUCGUGCCAAUGCUCUCUCAUUCACUGAACAAUCUGGUUGGAGGGAUGAUAUGGCAGUACUUAAAGUCAGAGUCGUCGGAGUAAGAUAAAUCCCCAGCAGUUUUUGUGGGUUCUCCACAUGAACUGUAUAAAUUAUCUACAAGACAUGGCCGUAGGACGGACGCAAGGUGGAUUUCGCAUGCUGAUGUUUAUUCCACGUAUAACUUUUGGAUCCUGCCUGUACAUCAUUGAUCUAAAGGAAGAGGGACGGCCAUUGCCAAAAUUUGGGGAGUGGGACGUGAAUGAUCCGGCCUCAGCUGCUGGAUUCACUGUCAUAUUCAACAAAGCUAGAGAAGAGAAGAAGGCGGGAGGACCAGCCGAGAGCGUGAUGUCGCAGAGGAAGCACGAAGGUUCCC